GAAAUCAAAGGGGGAAAAGGAGCUAGGCAGAGAAAAGAGUUUAAAGGAAUCAAAGUCUCCAAACCUUAUUUACUUUUCCUUUUUCUCAUCUUUUUGGUCACCCCCUUUUCUCAUCCUACUACCCACACAACUCCAAACACACCCAUACCAAUACAUCUUCAAGUGUCAUUUUCUCACAUAUACUUCACACAAAAGAAACAACACCACCAUUUGCUUCAUACUCUUCCAGGCCAUAUUUCAUUUCUCUCUCUCUCUCUCAAAUCCCUACAUACAACUGCCCUCUUCAAUUCUUCAUCUAAACCACAAACCCCAAAUUUCCUCUCUCUCUUUCCCCAGCUGAAAAUCAAGAAACCCACCACUCCUUGGUAUUCAAACUGAUAAUUAACCUUAACCGAGAAAAAGUAAAAACCUAGCUAGGGAGGAAUAAGGAGGAAUUCUGGCUUUGCUUGAAUAGUAGUUGGAGGAUAGGAGGAUGGAGUUAUUCCCAGCACAGCCAGACUUAUCCUUGCAGAUCAGCCCACCAACAACCAAACAGCAGAAGAUAACAGAAGACAAUACUCAUCAUCAUGAGAUGGAUUUGGGGUUCUGGAAAAUAAGAGCUCUUGACACCAAAUACCAAUCUUUCUCUAACAACAAACCUUCUUGCAAUUUCGACCUUUCACUUUCUAAUCACCUAAACCAUUCUUCUUCUUCUUCUCCCCCUUCUGUGCCUAAUAACCCCAACAUCUUCCAUUAUCAUCAUCCUAACACCAUCCACCAAAACAAUCUCUACUCUCAUCAUCUCUUUCAGCACCAUCAUCAUCAGCAGCAGCAGCAGCAAACUGGGCCGGACUUUGGGUUCUUGAGGCCCAUUAGAGGAAUCCCAGUCUACUAUCAAACCCCUUCUUCCAAUUCCUCUCAUCCUUUCCCUUUUCCCCAUAUUCCCUUUGACAAUAACAGUGUUACUGCUACAUCAUCUUCUACUGCCCACCAGCAUCAUCAUCAUCAUCAUCAGACCUCCGCGGGGCUAAUGCGGUCGAGGUUUCUGUCGUCGAGGUUUCCGGCUAAACGGAGCAUGAGAGCUCCGAGGAUGAGAUGGACUAGCACUCUCCAUUCUCGAUUCGUUCACGCUGUUGAGCUCUUGGGUGGUCAUGAAAGAGCAACACCCAAAUCAGUUCUUGAGCUAAUGGAUGUUAAAGAUCUCACCUUGGCACAUGUUAAAUCCCAUUUACAGAUGUAUCGAACGGUAAAGACUACAGAUAAAGCAGCGGCAGCUACUUCAGGCCAAUCGGAGGUCUUUGAUAAUGGAUCGUCUGGGGAAACAUCUGAGGACUUGACACUUGACAUUCGAACCUCAAGGAAGUCUGAUGAAUUCUCAGUUCAACAGCGAAGAACAAAUAUGCACAGUAAUCAAGACAAUAAUGAUAACUAUCAUCAUGUGCUUUGGAGCAACUCAUCCAGUAGGGAAAGUUGGCUGCAUUCCAAGCCAAGUGACAAUAGAGGGAACAUGCCUUCUCUUGAGAAAGACAUGGAACCAAAGUGUUUGAGCUAUGAUAGAGUAUCAGCAGAGGUGAGCUCAUCAACCAUAACAGAGACAAGCCCAAAGAAGCCAAAUCUUGACUUCACUUUAGGGAGGCCCUCAUCACAGCUCUGAAACUAUCAUAAUCAUAAAGAUGAUGAUGAAGAAGAAGAAAAGAAGAAGAGUAGAAUAUAUGUCUUGAUGGAUGCAAGAAGUAUGUAGUGCAGGGCCGGUCCUGAGCACGGGCGGGCUGGGCAACUACAUUGUAGUGUAGUAGUAGAACUACUCAUUUUGAAAUCAUUAUAAUCUUUGACUGAUGGGGGGCUGGUGAAAAGAGAAUCAGGUGCCCACUCAUAAAAUCAGAGCAGAGCACAAAAAAUAAUUAAAAAUGAAAAAGAGAAGAAAAGAAAAAGACAAGUAAAGGAAAGGAAAGAGAGGAAAAAGAGAGGUAAAGAAAGACAAGGAGACAACAAAUACAGAAAGCAACAAAAGGGAAAAGGUGGAAUUUGAAAAAAGGGAUGUCGUCCUUCAAUUCCCAUUCUUUUACUCUCAUGCAAGCGGGACACAAAUUGUGAUUUAUUCUUCUUACAAGUAGCUCUCUUUACCACCUCUAAUUCAAUCAAUUGUAUUAUUGUAUUACUAUAGACUAUAGUAUUCCUUUCCAGGAAAAGUUAUAAAAAAAAUGCUAUUUAUUUUUGUUUAUGCUAAUUAUUAUGCAUUUAGAGAAAGGAUAAGCUUCCUUUCUAUCA